AUGCUGAGCAGCAGCAGCAACAACAGCAGCAGCAGCAGCAACAACAUAAUAGCAGCCGCAGCAGCAGCAGCAGCAGCAGCAGCACUAGCAUCACCAGCAACGACGACAGCAGCAGCAGCAGCAGCAGCAGCCACAGCAGCAACAGUCUCAUCAGCAGCAGCAGCAGCAGCUGUCCCAGCAGCAACAACAGCCACAGCUGCAGCAACGCUUUCAGCAGCAGCAGCAGCAGCAACAACAGCAACUACAGCAGCAGCAGCAGCAGCAGCAGCAGCAAUAGAUGGCGUAGCAGCAGGGGCCCCCCUUCCUCUCCCAUGCGUGGCUUCGUUGCUUCUACCGGUCUUCAGGGAGGGGGGGCCCCCUGGGGGGCCCCCUGGGGGGCCCCUUGGGGGGCCCCCCAGGGGGCCCCUCGCGGAGGCCUUAUGGGUGCAGAAGUCUGUCUAUCUCUUCUGUCUCCGCGUGUUUUUUGAGCGGCAGGGCCCCCAGGAGACGUUGGCCCCUGAGCUUGUGCGAGUGCAGCAAGAGGAGGGGCCCCCUGGGGCCCCUGUGGGGGCCCCCUUGGGGGCCCCCCUGGGGGCCCCCAAGGGGGCCCCCGCAGGGUCUCGUGGGGUGCAGAAGUGUGUCUAUCUCUUCUGUCUCCGCGUGUUCUUUGAGCGGCAGGGCCCCCAGGAGACGUUGCCCCCUGAGCUGGUGCGAGUGCAGCAAGAGGAGGGGCCCCUUGGGGCCCCUGUGGGGGCCCCCUUGGGGGCCCCCCUGGGGGCCCCCAAGGGGGCCCCCCCAGGGUCUCGUGGGUACUGCGCUGGCAAGGGGGGGGGGCCCCUAGGUGAACCCUUUAUUAAGAGGGGGGCCCCCGCACGGAGAUGUGUGGGGCCGGGGGGGUGGUGGGGUUGGUGGGUCGGGGGGGCCUCGCGGAGACAGCAGCAGCAGAGCUGCCCCAUAGAAAAGAAAAACCUCCUUUCUUAUCUCAAGGGAAACAAACGCAUCGUCUCUCUACCUGCUUAUACACUCGUACCCGGUGACGUGGUGCUGCUGCAGCAGGGUACGACGUGUGCUGCUGACGUGUUGGUGGUGGGGGGCUCAGCUGUGGUGGACCAGGCAGACUUCACCGGGGAGGCAGCACCCGUAGAGAAAGUACCCGCGGAGACUGUCUCCUUUUUUGCUUCGCUUGAAAUAAAAAAGGAGACAGAUAAAGAAAAGAAGACAGAAAAGGAGACAGAUAAGGAGACAGAGAGAGAAAAGGAGACAGAUAAAGAAAAGGAGACAGAUAAAGAGAAGGGGACAGAUAAGGAGACAGAGAGAGAGAAGGGGAUAGAGAAGGAGACAGAGAAAGAGAAAGAGAAAGAUAAAGAGACAGAGAAGGAGACAGAGGGGCCUCGGGAGACAGAAGAGGAGACAGAUACAGAGGAGGAGACAGAAACAGAAACAGAGACAGAGACAGAGACAGAAACGGAGACAGAAACGGAGACAGAGACAGAAACGGAGACAGAUGAACAUUUGUCUCCUUGGGGGGAGCAGACAGGCGCUGCAAGGCUCGCAGCUCAAUACCCCAACAGCCUCAUCCAUGCAGGCAGCAGAAUUAUAUCCGUGACGGAGCCGAGCUCGCCGCUUCUCCCUUCACCGCUAUCUGAGUCUCUGCCAGCAGCAGCAGCAGCAGCAGCAGCAGCAGCAGCAGCAGCAGCAGCAGCAGCAGCAGGAGCAGCAGGAGCAGCAACAGGAGCAGCAGCAGCAGAAGAACCAUCAGCAUCCCCAUCAUCAUCAUCAUCAUCCACAUCAGCAGCAGCAGCAGGAGCAGCAGCAGCAGCAGCAGGUGCAGGAGCAGCAGCAGGAGCAGCAGCAGCAGCAGCAGCAGCAGCAGCAGGAGAGAGUGGGUUUGCUGUAAUACAAAACCCGCAGCAGCAGCAGCAGCAGCAGCAGCAGCAGCAGCAGCAGCAGCAGUAG